AUGUCAAAUUUCAUAGCCGUUGCUGUAGGUUUUUUAACUUCUUCCGCAUUAUUGUAUCGUUUCGAAUCAGAUAUCGAAAAUAAUACAAAUCAAAUUCGAAAACAAUUGUAUAAUUCUCAAAAACAACUUAAAGCUGCUUUACCUAACUAUUUAAAUAGUGAGUUGAAAAACGAGUCUUUAACACAACCAUUCAAAACACCAAAUAAUCGACCUCAACUACCUAUUCCAUCUAUUUCUCAAACACAAAAUUAUGUUAAUUAUCGAUUAAUUCCAACAUUUAAAGCUACAUGGAAUGAUCAUAUUAUAACAUUUGCUAACAAAGUUACUAAUUUUGAUGUAAAUGAAACGGUCAAGACUGCAAUUAUAAAGACAAAAUCUUUUGCAGAAGAUAGAAAAUGGACCAAUGGUAAAAAAUAA